AGUUAAUAAUACAAUGGUAUAUCCUAUUAGUGAUGAUUCAUUAUUCAUUGAUUGGAGUGCUCCAGGAUCAUUAUGUAUAGAUCACUAUAAUGUCACCAUUAUUAGUAACAACACAAAUUCUGAAUCUAUUACUACUAAUAGCACUAAUGUAACAAUUGAUUUUCUCAUUACUGGCACUGAUUAUUCAUUUAUCAUUGUUCCUGUUGAUACCGGUGGACGAGAAGGACCUCCUUCAACAAUACAGUACACAGGGAAUGUCAGUGUAAGUACUACUGUUAAAAGCAGUUCAAUUAUUACUGCUGAAGUAAUCUCAUCAGUGACAACACUAUCAGUGGACUCAACUGAACUGUUGACUUUAAUUGGAAGCGUAUCAACAAAUGCAUUUACAUCAUCAGUUACAGCCUACACUAAUUUACCACAAUCAUUAACAAUGUCAGCACAAGCUACAUCAACUGCCAGCAAUAGUCUGUCUGGUCUGGACCAGUCAGUCUAUUAUAGCAAUACAGCCACUCCUACUAGCACUGAUACUGGCUCAAAUAUUCUCCCUAUUGUAUUGGGAGUUAUUAGUGGAACGGUAGCAGUACUCCUAAUCAUAUUUGCAAUAUUGAUGAUAGUAGUGGCAAUCAAGAAGCACAGAAGUAAUAAUGUAAAAAAGGACAGCUCUACUACAGGGAGUGACAUUGUUGUUUCCUUAGACCACUCCAGAAUUCCUCUAGAUUUGAAUUCAGCUUAUCAAAUACAUUAUCAAAAAGAAGAGACAUAUACAGAUGACACUGUUAUUGAGCAGUUGUUGAUCAAAUAUUUAAUACCGUCUUCACAAAUUGAUAUACAAGAAACCAUCGGCCAAGGUGAGUUUGGAAUUGUUUAUAAAGCAACUAUGAAACCAAUGAAUAAAAGUGAACAAGAAAUUGCUUUAAAAACACUCAAAGGAGAAUUUUCAAAGAGUGAUGUCAAUUCUCUUCUUGAAGAGUGCCUACUGAUGUCAAACUUUGAUAAUCCUAAUGUGCUGUCUCUCAUUGGAGUGUGUGCUGACCUGGGAUCAGCUCCAGGCAUCAUUAUGCCUUACAUGUCAAAAGGAAGUCUAUUGUCUUAUUUGCAGAAAGAGAAAUCUCACCUUAUAGUGGAAGCAACCAGUGAAGAAAGCACAGUGCUAAUAAAUGUUAGGAAAGAGUUGCUCUCUGUGUGUCUUCAAGUUGCUAAUGGAAUGAAUUACUUAGCUUCACAAAGGUUUAUUCAUCGUGAUCUUGCUGCUCGAAAUUGUUUGAUUGCUGAUAAUGGUGUCAUCAAAGUUGCUGAUUUUGGCCUAUCGGAAGAAAUUUACACAAAAAAUUAC